AUGCACACAUCAAGUGACAGCACCACCCAGCAGCAGCAGCAACGACCAGCCUAUGCGCGUGAUACUCGAGCAGCACGACACACGCGUCGACUGCAUCCCCAACCACCCACCAUCCCCUCUCUCUCCUUCCCUGCAACGCAUGCAAGUGAAGCAGACAACAAUCUCCAUGCCAGUAUCUGCAAGCAAUUCCAACAGAGUGCCAAUGCCCUGCACAUCUGUAAACACGAAUGCACACGCACGCUGAGACGACGCUCAACCGCAUCCAGUACUUCAUCAAGCUUGUCACGGGAGAGCUCAGGCAGUGUCUCACCAAUUGCAGUUGGCGGACACCUCGAUGAUCAUAUCGAUCCACAAUUCAGCAAUACCAUCCAGCAAGUCCUCAAUACACUCUUGACAUACGAACGUCUCUUCAGAAAGAAUGCCAUUCCUCAACUCUCACCACAGACAGAACUCACGGAUGUCUAUGCAGAGAUUUCGGAACUCCUUGGAGAACUGACAGCUUAUGCGGGUGAAGCAACCGCAGAGAUGAGCGUUAUUACGCAAGUCUUGAUCUCUCUCACCAUCAAGAAACAUGGACAAGCAGUGACGGAGGCGGUGGCACGGUUUGCUGAGGCAUUGAAGCAGGAGUCUGCACGGUUGGAGCAUGCACUUGCACGCGAGGAGGAGGAAGCCAUUGACCUGGCGUCAUGA